AAUGAUGUCCUCAAGUGUCUUCAAUCUCUCAAACCUACCCAGUCCCUUGGUCCUGAUGGAGUUCCUGCUGUUAUCCUUAAGAAGUGUGCUGACAUCUUAUGUUACCCAUUAACUGACAUUUUCAAUGAAUCUUUUUCCAAAAGUUUUAUUCCUGACUCAUGGAAAAAUAUCAAGGUUGUUCCAGUGCCCAAAUCAACAAGUGGACCUACUGUCAAGUUUAGACCCAUUGCUAUUACCUCACCUUUUUUAAAAGUUAUGGAAAGACUUAUUUUACUUAAUCUUGAACCGUCUUUAAAGCCUUUUAACGACCCCAACCAGUUUGCCUAUAAACAUAGUAGGUGUACCCUAGAUGCCGCUGUAGUCCUAUAUCAUAAUAUAGUCUCUAGUUUAGAUAGAGGAGCCAAAUAUGUUCGGUGUGCCUUCCUUGAUUACACUUCUGCAUUUGACUCUGUACCUAGGUCUCUCUUGUUAAGUAAGCUUGCUGCAACACAGAGUGAGAGCUGGAUAAAUAAGUGGUUGUAUUCCUACUUUUCUGAAAGGAAGCAGUACACUGUCUACAAUGGAAAGUCCUCCACUACCUCACUUACUUUAGCUGGUGUUCCUCAAGGUGCCGUUCUUUCUCCUUUUCUGUUUUCUUUUUUCUUACAUGACUUGCCCCAUUCUGAUGUAGCCACUUUUGUCAAGUAUGCUGAUGACCUUUCUGUCUCCAUGCCUGUUAACUCUCAGUCAGACUGUUCCAUAUUAAAUAACUUUCUCUCGGAAAUUAGUCAGUGGUCCUCUUCAAACGGUCUUAAGCUGAAUCCGUCUAAAUGUCAGGUAGUAAAUUUUACUUUCAGACGAAAAAGUGACCUUCAACAACUAGCUAGCUCACAUGGUCCCACUAUCAUUGACGGCAUAGAGGUUGAAACUACAUCUAAUGUCAAGUACCUUGGACUGAGUAUUUCCUCCGAUCUUUCCUGGUCCUCUCACAUCUUGCUAGUGACUAGAAAGAUGUUUCGCUUAACGUUCUACCUAAGGAAGUUUAGGCAGUCUGGUAUAAAGCAGUCUUUACUUUCUCAGUUUGUCAAUUCCUGUAUUCUACCCAUCCCUCUUUACUGCUCCCCAUUAAUCUUUCCUGGACUACUUAAGAAAGACUUUGCUUCGCUGCAUAGGGCACUAAAAGCUGUUAGUAGGGCAAGUGGGAUUUCGUUAAACCAACUGGUUAACACAAUUGUGGAUAGACAUAUAAUGUCAUGUAAGAAACUAGCAAAUUCUAUAUUGUCAGACCCCGAACACCCUCUCCAUACUCAGCUCUCUCCUUGCAUUUCAUCAGGUAGAACUAGAAGCAACUAUAGGAAGCUAUAUGCCAGGACUACCAAGUAUAAAAACUCCACAAUACCUUAUCUGGCACAGCUGUUAUGUGAUGAGAAAACUGUUAGGCAUGACAUGAUCAAUUUACUGCGGCACUCUAACAAAUAGUUCCCAUUAGCUUUUGUUCUCCUUUCUUUGUUACUAUUAUAUUGUUGCUCAUAUAUUCUAUUACAGACUAAUUUUAUAUAUCAUAUCCUGUGGUGCAUUGUUUAAAUAUGUGAAUGCAAUGCUGUUCUUUUUUUUCUUUUAUUUCUCUUUUUCUUUUGUUGUUGUUGCUUUAUAUUUCUAAAUCCUUAUAAAAUUUAUGAGGUAAUUAGAUGCAAUAUUGUAAUGAACGCUGAAAAUUCCAUACCUGUACCACAAAUACUGUUUGGAAUAUAGCCAUUAUUAUUAUUAUUAUUAAAAGUACAGGGUGCGAUUUUUA